CGGAGCCUUUGCCUCAGUUGUGAGGAACGCGCGCUCGCCCGCGCCUGUGCUUUGUGGUUCACUUUUUUAUAUUCAAAUCCUGUGCAGUGUUCGGAUACAAUGAGGCUAAUCUUUUGGGUUACAGCCUUGGCUGUGCUCAGCGUGACUUGUGCAAAAAACUCAACAGCGAAAACAAAACCGAAACGACAACUCGAAAACAUUCGAACUCCCCAGAAUCUACAGUACUCUUUGGUACUCCCACACUCCAGAGUUGCACAUUUCCGCUCAACUUCAAGUAACAGAAGAAUUUCAAAUGCACCUAGAGGAAAGCUUCCGCCGUACGCGGUGCAAAUGGAACCCGUGGUUCAAUAUUCACAAAAAGAUCCGUUAUACGAUCCGAACCUUAGUAAUCUAGAUGAUACAGUUGGGAACAAAAACGAAAUACAUGCACAACGUAAAAUUCUCAACAUUCAUGACCAAUCCUCCGAGGGAUCAUUCGGCCCGCCUUACGGUGCGCUGCCCACCGCCCCGCUCUACAGCUACGAGCCUCAGCCUCAUUACAUCGAAGCACCUGAACCUAUCAUCGAAAUUAUCAUCAAGGAGUCCAAUGAAUCUUUGCCGGCGCCGCCACCUCAGCCCGUACUGAAGAAGAAGAAGGAACCUGUUCAAGUAUUUUACGUAAAAUACAGCAAGGACCCACACUCCGAAGAUAAAGUGGUUUAUGAAAAGCCUAUACCGGCCAUCACCCCGCCUUCGAACGAUGAAGAUGAUAGUCACGAUGAUUAUAUUACUGUCACUCCUGAACCUUUGUACUUACCGACCCAAACGACUACUUUGAGAGCUAUCAUAAAACCAGAAUCCGAAGUAUAUCAUAGCGAUAGCAGUGUUAAAGUAACGUUUGGUAAAGAGAACCACCAUUACAGCAGUCGCGAAGAAAAUGGACCACAUGAGCAUCACGAGGAAACUGCUCCGAGGCCAGCAAUCGCUUUACCGAAUGCCCAUCCGAGUGCACAAACCUACCAACAUUCCGCGUCCCCGCAACCACAGUACCAUGACUCCGGAAGUCGAUCCAUCUCGCACUCUAGUCCUUUAUCAGAUCAUUCUUCACAAACUUACAGGUCUGCUUCGCAACAUGCCCAAAGUCGCGUUCAGUUCCAACAAAGUUUCUUGUCUAAUGACUAUCAAUUGCCGAGGCAGGGGCCAUCGGUUGCGCCAUUUAGAGCGCAGCCCCAUACAAGUAGGCAAAGUCCGUUUCCUCCAUCUCCUUCGGUAAGUUCGUAUUCAGGUUUUCCUAGUGCUUCUCCUAGUUCUCACUUUGCCAACGUUGCUCCAACUGUUCCCGGUCCUAUCGGUCCUGCCUUCCCUACAACAUUUUCAAGACCAAACAACCAAGCUUCUUUUCACGCCCGUCCAAGCAACCCACCCUCGUUCGCUUCAAGACCAUAUUUCGGUAGUCCAACACGGACAACAUUCCAUUCUGGACCUCAAAGACCUUUCCAUCAACAGCAAGGCCAACAAACAUAUUUCGAUGAACCGAAAUAUUUACAAGAGAAUUAUCAUACCAUUACAACGGAAGAAGUAGAUCCACCUAAAGUUCAACUGCUACCGAAUAGGCAAGCGCAAACCUUUAAUCCAAAACCAAGUCCAAAUACGUCUUCUGCGCACUUCCCGGAAAGUAGACCGCAAUUGAUUCCUUACAAUCAACAACUACCUACACAGCAAAGGCCGUCUCAACAUUUCGACUCGGGUUUAAGUAAUCCUUCAUUUUCUGUUAAUCCAAGUAGACCACCCUUCUUUAAUUUAAAACCUUCUCCGCCUCAUGUUGAUAAUAAUCGAGUUCCUUUCCAGUCUUCUCAACAACAAACUCAACAGUUCAGUUUUCAUCAAGGAGCUCAGCCAGUAGCCAGACCAACUCUUCAAUCACCAACACAACAUAUUUCUCCUUCGCCAUCCUCUAUUCCCCACGGUCAAUUCGUUCCUCAGCCGUCAUCUCCACCACUGUUUAGCUUCCACCCUCAACCAUCGCCAACACCUAGUCAACAGCACAGUUUUCAUCAGCAACAACUAAAUCACUAUCAGCAAUCACAAAGUCAAACAGAAAGGCCUCCUUCCGGGCACCAAACUAUUUUCCAAAGUCAAUCAAGUCUUGACCACCAACAAAACAUAGGUCAGUUUGUUCCAAAGGAUGGUGAGCUCGUUCCUUCCAUAUCUAAGUACGAGCAGCACAUAACAGUCGAUGGUCGUGAUUCCUCAAAUAACUUUAAAGGUCUUAGUGACAAUAGUCAACCAACUCCGACAGCCAUAACUCCACAACAACAAUACUAUCAACAACAACAACAACAACAACAACAAGUACAACAACAUCAACAACAACAACAACAAGUACAACAACAUCAACAACAACAACAUCGGCAGCAACAACAGCAAGAACAAAAACAUAAAGAAGAGCAAGAAAAACAACAACAACAGCAACAACAAGCUUUUGACGCUGAGCAAGAACAAGUAAGGCAACAAUUAGCACAAAAUGUUCGAAAACAACAAGAAGAAAUACAACGACUACAGGGACAACUAAUUUAUAAUCAACAAUUACACCAACAACAACAGCAACAAACACAACAAUUUGAACAAAAUCGAUAUAAUCAGUACAACAAUUAUGAUCAACAAGAAAGAUCCAGAGCUCAGCCGUCUUUUGUAUCUAGUACUCAAGCUCCUUUCUACCAGUCAACUUCUAGAACUGUUGAAAUUAAGCCAACGACACAGAAGUAUGUUUCAUCAACUGUGAACUCCUUGCCUUCAACGCCAGAGCCGAAAAAGGAAGAGAAAAAGAAAAAGCCAACGAUAGAACUUCCAGAUGAAGUACCAGAUGAUCUUCGUCAACAAUUGUUGUCUUCUGGAAUUUUGGACAAUGCUGAUAUAAGCGUCUUAGAUUACGACAAAGUGGGAGAAACACCUUUAGAAUCUCUUCCCCCAGAUCAAUUAGCGAACUUCUUCAGCGCUGGAGGUGGCCAGCAAAUUGCAUCAAGCGAACUCAAUCCUGUCGCAGUGAAACCCAACGGUGAUCAAAUUGAAUCAAGAAUUGAUGACAACUUCGAUGACGAUGAUCAGGAUAUUGCCGCAUCAGAAAACAUGGCGACAUACGCAUCUCCACCGUCUGAUUCACCUCAAGCAGUAGAGAUGAAAGUAGUACAAUUCGAUCCUAAUACUCCAGAAGGUCAAAACAUAGCAAAAGAUUAUGUGAAGGAAGAUGCUACUCAAGUCGAUCCAGUGGCACUUAACGAUAAGAAAUAUAACCGAUAUUUACCUUUAAAAGUGAAAGGUAACCAAUUUCCUCUACCCGAUAUACUAAAAGGCAGAAAGAUAACGUCAGUGGUUGUAUUAGCGCCAGUUGAAACAGAGGAAUUAAGCACGGAACAUAGCAGAGCGGAACGAGCGACAAAUAACGGCCUGAAAGGAAUCAAAUUCGUUGCCGGAGACAGUUUGCAAGAUUUACUAAAGAAACCAACAACAGAUAACUUCAAGAAGUGGCUUGAUAUUGAAAAGAAAACAGCAACAGAUCAACAAUCUGUUAUUCUUCUUGUUACAGAAAACGACGAACCAGCCGAAGACAAAGAAAUAUUCAUGUAUGAUAUUUCAUCAGGCAACGUUAGCAAGCUUAGCGGGGAACUGUCAAACGCUUUUGUCGAAGCGGCUGAAAACAAUUCAUUGAGUAAAGACAUAGAAAAACUGGCCAUCGAAGGUGAAGGAACGCCGGAAAACUUCGACAAAGAGACAGAUCCUGUAGCUGAAGGUUCAGAGAACGUGCCAUUAUUUGUAGAUUUAUCAGGUAUUAGUUUAGAUCAGGAAGACAGCAGAGUGUCAAUCUCCUCAGGCUACAGUAAAACAAAGCUCGGCAGAUCAUUAAGAAGAGAAUAAAAACCGUUGAUCAUUUGACGUUUGUAAAUAGUGUAGUGUUAGUGUAACUAAAUUAAAACGACGUGAUGUUAAAUAGUCGUUACGAUUUGUAUGAAAGUGAUAAUCGGGUUGUAUAAU